AUGACUCUGUGCGGAGGUCACAUGACCAUGUGUGGAGGUCACAGGACUCUGUGUGGAGGUCACAUGACUCUGUGCGGAGGUCACAUUACUCUGUGUGGAGGUCACAUGACUCUGCGGAGGUCACAUGACUCUGUGCGGAGGUCACAUGACCAUGUGUGGAGGUCACAUGACUCUGUGCGGAGGUCACAGGACUCUGUGCGGAGGUCACAUGACUCUGUGCGGAGGUCACAUGACUCUGUGUGGAGGUCACAUGACUCUGUGCGGAGGUCACAUGACUCUGGAGGCCUCAUCGCUCUCCUCCUCCUCAUCCUGCUCUUCACCCUGGUCCUCUACACUCGCCAUCGCUGGUGCAAACGGCGCCGGGCCCCGCAGAAGAGCGCCAGCACCGAGGCCACGCACGAGAUCCACUACAUCCCCUCGGUGCUGCUGGGGCCCCAGGGCAGGGACAGCUACAGGGGCCCCCGGAACAGCCACCAGCACAGCAGCUCCGUGAUCGGCAUGCCCAUCCGCGAGACCCCCAUCCUGGACGACUACGACUGUGACGAGGACGAGCCCAACGUCCACAUGUCCUCCUUCAACUCUACCCCCAAACACAACCACAACAAGCUGCAGGACGACUACGGCACCAUGGGGGGCACCAUGGGGGGCCAGGGGGACCGGCUGUGCCAAGAAAACAGUGUCCAGAAGAGCUUUGGCAACACCCAAGACGCAGACGGGGAGAAAAGCACACCAGCCGAGAGGGGUUUGUGA